AGAAAUAGUAGAAUUAAUUAAGAAAUAAUAAGAACAGAAGAUCCCAAAAGAAUUUCGGUUGUUGUGCAUCCUGGUGGUGCCAUCAUUCGUUCCAACCCAUCUCACUCUGUCCAGAAUCUGAGAGUUUGUUUGUUUCUUUCUGUUAUAUCCAUCCAAAGAAAUAAAAAAAAAUAUAUAUAUAUAUAUCUAUGUAAUAUAUAUUAUAAUCUCUCCUCUGGGGUGUAAAAUUUCUGAUCAAUCCGCCUCUUGUCUGCCUAAAGUUAGAAUUUUGUUCUUCAACGUUGUCUGCUGUGAGAUCUCUCUCUGAUUUAAGUUUGUGGGGGAGAAUUGAUUUGAAUUUCCUCCAGCAACCAUUAUGAAAUGCGGUAAAGACGACAUGCGAUUAUUGUAGCCGCAUUUGUUGAAGUGGGUACGAAAUUCAUCUGCUAAAAAUGUCCAUCCGGGAACCAAAUGCCGACGCCAAAGAUGUUCCUGAUGGCACAUUUGUACGACCAGGAUCUUGCCUUUAUGACCUCCUGUGUGCUGACCCCUCAGCAAGCUGGAAUUACAGCUGUUCAGAUCGGCAUACAUUUUCUCCUGAUCCACAAGCAAGGCUGGAGAAACUGUUGUCUCAAACAGGGAAUAAGUUCUGUGCAGAUUGUGGAUCUCCAGAUCCAAAAUGGGUAUCUGUAACUCUUGGAGUAUUUAUAUGUAUAAAGUGUUCUGGGGUACAUAGAAGCCUUGGAGUGCAUAUAUCAAAGGUUUUGUCAGUGAAGCUAGAUGAAUGGACAGAUGAACAAGUUGACGCUCUAAUGGAUAUGGGAGGAAACGAUGCAUUAAAUUUGAAAUAUGAAGCUUAUUUUCCUGAAAACUUCAGAAAACCAAACCCAGAUUCCUCUAUAGAGGAGCGGUCUGAAUUUAUUAGGAGAAAAUAUGAGCUGCAGCAAUUUUUGCAAAUUGAUGAUCAUCUGUCCUGUCCAUUCCCAUACUCCGGCCCUCUUUCAUCCUCCUCCUACUGCAGCUCCUACAAUUCAUCCCUGGAUAAUAAGAAACAUUAUGAAAAGCAGCAAACUGGCCAUCGUAUCAAUGGUCUUGGGCAUGCCUUUCGGAAUAGCUGGCGAAGGAAAGAGUCUGAGAACAAGCCCUCUAAGAAAAGCAACUUAACGGCAGGUAUGGUCGAAUUUGUUGGACUGAUAAAAGUCAAUGUAGUCCGAGGCACCAACCUAGCUGUUCGAGACAUGGUGACGAGUGAUCCUUAUGUUAUCCUCUCAUUGGGAAACCAAUCAGUGAAGACACGUGUCAUAAAGAACAAUCUGAACCCAGUCUGGAAUGAACAGCUAAUGUUGUCAAUUCCACUCCACGUUCCUCCUUUAAAGUUGCUUGUCUAUGACAAGGAUACGUUCAAGUACGAUGAUUUUAUGGGAGAAGCGGAGAUUGACAUUCAACCGUUGGUCUCAGCUGCCAAAGCGUCGGAGACUUCCACGAUGAGGGAGCCGAUGCUGUUAGGAAAGUGGAUAGCAAGCAAGGACAAUACGCUUGUAAGAGAUAGCAUCAUCACCUUUGUAGAUGGGAAGGUAAAGCAGGAAGUCUCUAUCAAACUGCAGAAUGUGGAAAGGGGAGUUCUUGACAUCGAGAUCGAAUGCGUUCCUCUCACUCAAUAGUAGCCAUCCCUGCACACAUCCGGCCAAAGCCGAAAAUUUCAAGCAUUUAUCGUCUCUGUCUCUCUCUCUCUCUCCCUCUCUCUCUCUGUUGGAAUGAUCACUUAGUCCGCGGCUCUGCAAUAAUAUGCAUCUUCUCAUUCAUCCCGAAUGCAGGAAAUUUGUGUAACUGUUUGUUGGUGAUAAAAGUGGCAGUGUGGUGAGCUGAGUCUGUGCGUUAAUUGUGCAGCUUGUUCUGAUGAAGGGUGUUGUGCUAUAAAUGAGGAAAAUUUGAAGAACUCAAACUCGAAUGAUAUAUAUAUUUUGGUACAAGGAAUGCAGAACCCAUCUUACAAAAAAUGAAAUUAAUAGCAUGUCAUGUCAUGGAAACUCUUCCCCCGUUGGCUAUUAUUGUUUGAAGAAAUUCUGGCUUUCAGAAAGGAUCAAACUUCUACUAUACACUAGAGACCAAUGUAUGAAUGGGGAAAGGAGGAUUGAUGGUUGGUUGAGUUGGACUGGAACUGGGUAUAUAAUAUCAUGUAAUUCAUCAAUUAAUUAUAUUAAAUUGAUAUCAUUUGAUGCUUUUCUCAA